GUCAAAUGCGAAACUACGUUCCAGUGGAAACUAAAGUAGCCUUACUUUUAUUAAAUUUUCUCUGCACGUUCGCUUUUCUACUCCAAGUCUAUGGAACCUCUAUGCCAGAAGCUUCAUUUCGCCAUGCCCAUCUUUCCUCCUCGCAAUAAACAAUAACUACGGUUCGGCGCUCUCGCAGGGAAGAAAGACCCUUGAGCAAUUUCCAAAUUCGCAGCAGCAGCAUGACCACGUACUUCCACUACCCGCCGCAGCCGCUGCAGGACGAGCUGAAGAAGAUCGCCGACUCGCUGAUGGCGCCGGGCAAGGGCAUCCUGGCGGCCGACGAGUCCGUGUCCACCAUGGGCAAGCGGCUGGCCGACGUGGGCGUCGAGAACUCGGACGAGAACCGGCGGCGAUACCGCGAGCUGCUCUUCACCACCAACAGCACGGUGGGCAACAGCCUGUCGGGCGCCAUCAUGUUCCACGAGUCGGUGUACCAGGCGACGGCCGACGGCGUGCCCUUCACGCAGGUGCUCGCGUCCAAGGGCAUCAUCCCGGGCAUCAAGGUGGACAGCGGCACGGUGCCCCUGUUCUGCUCGGAGGACGAGGUCACCACGCAGGGGCUGGACGACCUGGCGCAGCGCUGCGCCCGCUACAAGCGCGACGGCUGCCACUUCGCCAAGUGGCGCUGCGUGCUCAAGGUGAAGCGCAACACGCCGUCGCCGCUGGCCAUCGCGGAGAACGCCAACGUGCUGGCGCGCUACGCCUCGGUGUGCCAGGCGUCGCGCAUCGUGCCCAUCGUGGAGCCGGAGAUCCUGACGGACGGCGGCCAUGACCUCAGCCGCUGCCAGAAGGUGUCGGAGGCCGUGCUGGCGGCCGUGGUGAAGGCGCUGCACGACCACCACGUCUACUGGGAGGGCUGCAUCUUCAAGGUGAACAUGGUGACCCCGGGCCAGGCGAGCCCCAUGAAGGCGACGCCAGACCAGGUGGCCAUGGCCACGGCGACGGCGCUACGCAGGACGCUGCCCCCGGCGCUGGCGGGGGUGGCCUUCUUGUCGGGCGGCCAGAGCGAGGAGGAUGCUACGGUGCACCUGAACGCCAUCAACAAGUGCCCCGGCCGCUCGCCGUGGCCGCUCACCUUCAGCUACGGCCGCGCGCUGCAGGCGUCCGUGCUGCGCGCGUGGGGGGGCCGCGACGAGAACAAGAUGCAGGCCCAGAUGGAGCUGAUAACGAGGGCCGCGGCCAACAGCCAGGCGGCGCGCGGCCUGUACACUCCUGGUGCCGUGGCGGGCGGCGCAGCAGGCCAGGGGCUGUACGUGGCCAACCACCAGUACUGAGCUCCGCCCUCAUGCCAGCACCCGCGUCUCCCUGCACCCUCGUCGUGUGAACCUCCUCAACCUCACUUGUUCACUUAAUUAAAUACAUUCCGGUGAAA